AUGGUGGAAUCCUCCGAACCUCGAACGGGUCAUGCUGGCCCCCCGGUCGCUUUCCUCGAUCUUCGGCAUGCGGCGAACGAGUACGAUGGGAGAGACUCAGAGGGUUCGAAGUUGAGGAUACCAAUCCACUCCAAUGAGGAGUUUUAUUUUGGAAGAGAUUCACUGGAGUCGAAAUAUGAUGCACCCCCAACAAUGUCCAAACGUCACCUCAAAUUUCACUGCAUUCUCUUCGAUAAUGAUGGACAGUGGGGAAUUCAACCACUUGUCUACGCCAAGGACAUCUCAACGAAUGGCACUUACCUCAAGAGAACCCAGACGCUUGAUACUGUCAUGAUGCGCCCUCACGCCCAAACUACUCUUCUCGAAGACGAUGACGAAUUUGGGAGAGACAUGGAAAGACUGGCACGCGAGUUUGAGGUUUUAAGAGACCUCGACCACCCGAACAUCAUCAAGCUGGAGAAAGUCUACCAUAGCGAUGCGGGCCUCUACAUCUUUCAAGAGCUCAUCCCGGGCGGCGAUCUAUUCUCAUUCGUAACAAACAGGUAUGAUUUCGGCGUGCCAACCAUUGAGGCCGCCGUGAUAGUAUACCAGAUCCUCAAAGGCGUCGAUUAUCUACACGAAAACGGCAUCGUUCACAGGGACAUUAAGCCAGACAAUAUCUUGCUGACAUCAACAAAGACUGCGUGUCGUGUUGUCAUCACCGAUUUUGGUCAGUCGCGCUACUUGCCUGAAGAUAACGCUGCCCAAAGGAUGGUGACUAUGGCGGGAACGCUAGGAUUCAACGCUCCGGAAAUCUUCAGGCGAAAUCCGAAAGUUUCCGGCAGUUCGGGGUAUUCUAAGGCAGUAGACGUCUGGUCUGUCGGCUGCGUUGCUGGACUACUUUUAAGUGGUAAACCGAUCUUCCAUGACAACGAUGCCGAAGACCAGGGAACUGCUGUCAAGGUGUUGAGCAGCAAAUGCAAUCUUGACAUCCUGGAGAAUGAUCCUGUCUGGCAAAAAGUCGGCCGCCGAGCGAAAGAUUUCAUCCGUCGAACAGUUGUGUUGGACGAGAAUGACCGGCUCGAUGCGAAACAGGCGCUGCAACAUGAAUGGUUCUCAAGUCAAGCAUAUGCUGAUGAACUUCAAGCGGUGUAUCAGCACGUCACCAAAGACUGGGAGCCUCGAAGACAGAUUUUCAAGAUCAUCGAGCACAUCCCCACAUCUCGUCCAAAGAUGUUUUUAGCGGAGAACAAGCCUGCUGCAGACGUUCUCGUUCAGCAAGAUUCAAAUAGCGCAAAACACCUUGACCAAGAAAACCAUGGCCAGCAGCAAUUGAUUCCCACCCAGCUCAUGACCCAGAACCACCAGAAAGAAAAACAGAAUAUCCUCUACGACGCUAACAGCCCCCAGCAAAGGGAUUCACUCAACUCUGCAAUGCCAGGUGCUUCUGACGAAGAGAAUAUGCAACGCAGACUAACACACCUCUCGCUAUCUGACCAGCAAGACGAGGUGGAUACCGAUUGGCAUGGGACAAGGCAGCCAUCCUUUGACUUUGAUCGGGACAUGGGUGAAGAUUCACACUCACACCAGCAAUAUGCCAUGCCGUCAUCAGGCAAAAGGCAGCCUUCAUUUGAUUUCGACCAAGACGUGGAUGACGCUAACUUCUGGGAGGCCGCCGUAACAGCGGAGUUCAAGCAGCCGAUAGCGAAGAGGCUGCGUACUGGCUGA